UAUACUGAGGGAUGAAGCAAGCUUGUUUUCUGCUGCUCUAGAGAAAAGGAUGCAGAACAAUGGAUGCAAACUACAGGGAAAGAGAUUCCACCUAAAUAUUAGGAGGAACCUCCUGAGAGUAAGGGGUGUUGGACAAAGAGUGUGCUGGAGCCUCCUUCUUUGGAGGUUUUGAAACUUUAAAUUUUUUAAUAAUGUCAUGUUUUUAAUUGUUAGAACAGUCAAAUUGUUGUUGCAUGUCUUAUAGUGUUUUAAUUUGGGACUGUUUUGGAUUUGUAAGCCGCCUUGAGUCCCUGUAGUGGGAGGAAGGUGGGGUAUAAAUAAACAUAAACACAAUAAUAAUAAUAAGCAUACUAUUAUUAUUAUUAAUUAUUAUUAAUUAUUAUAUGUUCUUAUAGCCCUCCUUUGCCCCAAUAUUGGGAGUUUUAAACUGAGGUGUUUUGUGUUGUGACUGAACAAUGGCUCUUUCUGAGGGGAGUCUAGUCUUUCCCAAACUUUAGGCAGGCUUCGCUAGGCCUCAACUUAACGAUUGUGCCCCUCCCGUCUCCCAUGGCAACGCCUCAGAGGCUUUGAAAGUAGGCGGGGCGAAGGAGGAGGAGCGUGGUGGCGUAUGCGGUGACGUCACAGGCGGGUGGGCAGAGGGAGGCUCCUCCCCCUCCUUCACAAGAGUGACUGGCAGCAGGUGAAGGAGGGUGUUUCUGAAGUCUGCACCGCAGCAGUUAACCCGCUUUCAUACCGCUUUAACUGCUAUGGCAUUCUGGGGGUUGUCCUUUAUUGUGGAGACCCUCUCCUGGGUUGGUUUUUUGAGGGGUUCUCAACCUUUUGGGGCCUCAAAAUGGGUUUUUGUUUUGGGAGACUUCAACUCCCAGAAUCCCUGAACAAGGAUCACACUGGCUGAGGCUUCUGGGAAUUGAAGUCCAAAAGUCUGUAGGCUCAAAGGUUGGGAACCAUUGGUAUUUUAGGGGAUCUCCUUGGGAAUUGUAGCCCAGCUUUAGUGUUUUAGUUGGAUGUGAGCCGCCUUUGGGUUCUGUGCUGCUGGGAGAAUGGCCUCCCCAUGGAUUUAGGGAUGGACCAAAACAAAUGACAGCCCUUUUCCAUAAGGAACCAUUGGAAUAGUUGCCCAUAGGGAAUAAUAGGAGAGUAGUGGCCCACAAAGAAGCAUUGGAGAACAGUUGCCCAUAGGGAAUCAUUGGGGAAAGCCUGUUCAUAGGGAAACAUAGGGAAUACCUGCCUAUAGAGAAUAAUAGGAGAGAAGUUGACCAUAGGGAAUCAUUAGGGAAUACUUGCCCAUAGGGAAACAUAGGGGAAUGCUUGUCCAUAAUAGAGAAUAAUAGAAUACUUGCCCAUGGGGAAUAAUAGGAGAGAUGUUGCUGAUAGGGAAUCAUUGGAGAAUAGUUGCCCAUAGAGAAUAAUAGAAUACUUCCCUAUAGAAAAUAAUAGGAAAGUAGUUGCCCAUAAGGAAUCACUGGGGAAUACCUGCCUAUAGAGAAUAAUAGAAUAGUUGCUCAUAGAGAAUCAUUGUAGAAAGGUUGCCCACAGAGAAUAAUAGAAUACUUGCCCAUAAUAAUAAAAACAGGAGAAUAGCUGCCCAUAAAGAAUAUAGGAACUGGCUUUCUAAAACAAUCAACAUCAAACAAAGGAAUCCCUACAUGAUUCUCUAUGGGCAAGUAUGGUUUCCUUAUGGGCAAGGGCUGUCAUUUGUUUUAGUAGGUCCCAUGAAUUUCAUAGGGUUUUCUUAGGUGGGGGGGGGGGGAGUGGUUUUGCCAGUUCUUUCCUCUGAAACAAGGCCUCCAGAACUGGGGAUCUGUUGGUGGUCUCCUGUCUCAGUGCUAACCAGGGCUGACCCUGCUUAGCUUCCAAGAUCAGAUGGGAUCUGGUGCCUUUUGAGGUAUUUAGGGCCCUAGCCAGUUAUGGCAGCUCCCUAAAUAUCAAAGAGCUUGUGUUGAAUUUCAGAGAGGAGGAGUGGUGGCUUAGUGCUGAGAGCAAAGAGUUUGGAUGGAGGUAAAGACAAAUACACUCAUCCCUCCACAUUCGCUGGGGUUAGGGGCACAGGACCCCCGUGAAAGUGGAAAAACCGCAAAUAGCAACAACACUAAGUUUUUAUCUGAGAAAACACCUCUCUAGGAAUCUCUAGGUCCUCCUGCGGUCAGCAUUUGCCAGACAUUGACCAUAGAGUUGCACUGGAGGAACUACAAAUGCCUAGUGGAGUGUCCUCUCUAGGAAUCAAUCCCUUGGUCCUUCAGUGCAACUUUUGGUUGAAGUGGACCAUAAGAGUUUCACCGAAGGACCUAGAUAUUGCUAGAGAGAACAUAUUAAUAAAAUCCAUGAAUAAUCCAAGCUGCAAAAGCCAAAGCUGCAAAUAUGGAAGGACUAUUGUACCCUUUCCAAAUUUUGGAACUACUAUGAAACACCACUUCUGAGUUGAAAACAGGUGCUUUAUGCUACGGGCAUUUCGCCCUUUAAAAAGACACAUCUCCCCUCUUUUAAAGGGUUAUAAGGAAAGGAUAGGGAUGGCACCACUAUAGAAUUAAUAGGGUUUUUUUUGGCUCAUUUCAAAUUAUUUCCCAAUACCUUCUGUGUCCAGAUAUUUGUAUUCAUAGAAGACCAACAUAAUACCAGCAGCACUUUUCCCAUUCGUAUGACUUGAAAGGCAGAGGAAAAUGCAUCCUUUUAUCCCCUUGAUUGUUGUGAAUGCCACAAUUGUGAUGUGGCAACUUGCUGUUAAGUGACACCACUAAAUGAUGUAGACAAUAUGAAAUCAAAAAGGCUACAACGAUAGGCUGUUCUUAAUAGGAUAGUAUUGAGCAUGUAGACCAGUUUUGGGACUAAUGGGAUGCUAUGGAUAAUUUAGACUCUUCAUAAAGCAGAAUAAAAUGGACAAGUUACUUGGUGUAAACUAAACUUUACCAUUUUGAGAAACCUGGUCAAUGAAAGACAUGACUAUAACUAUUUUGUGUCUCUGUGUGUGUGUUUUAACUUCUUUGUGCUGAUGUAAAAUCCAUUGCCUGACUGUGUGUCAUUUUAAAAACCAUCUUCUUGCAGGCAGAAGGCGUAUAACCUGCGGAAUCAGCAACAGCAAUGGCUUCCUCUGAUAAGAAACCAAACAAAAUUGAUGCCGAAAGAGCCAGCGCAAAUACAAAAAGUGGGGAAACAGAACUGUGCUACACUUAUCUGAAUGAGAGGCGGGAGAGAAACGCAGUUGACAUUCUGUUGAACAUCAGCAAUAGCGUCGAUGACGAAGAGGAACGGUCCUUCGACUGUGCUAAUAGGACAGGAUGGGAGAAUGCUGUUGAAGGCUGGAACAAAACACCUCCAUUUGUUUAUCUUCAGUUACAACAGAGAGCCAGAAAAGCAAGGACAAAUGAGUCUUCCAAUGGGUGCCUAUACUGCUCAGAGCUGAUGCAAGUUAUUGACAAAGGUUUGGAGCAAGAUCCCAAAACUACAGAUCAAUUGAAAUCUAAUUUCAAACUAAGCACAUAUGCUGCCACAGAUAGCAUUUCCGGAAAACAACAGACUCUGCUUUCUUCAAAUACAACCACGAACGCUUCUUCUGCAGUAGACGAGCCUAAGAAAGAAAGCCAUUAUGGCAAGGUUCAUUCUUUUCAGACAUCCCAAGAAGAGAAGACAAAAACCAUCUUUAAGGACGUUCCAUCUUCGCUAAGUGAAAGGAAGUUUUUCCUAACGAAGGAAAACCCAGUGUGCCAUAUAGAAAAGAAAGCAGUGCCAAUAAAAGAAUAUAAUAUCCUGUCCCCAGAAAAGCUCAAAAACAUUGAAGUCCUGAAAUACAAAGACAGAAAGAGUAGUGAGCCUUCUGUGUGUAGCCUGGUCAGCUCUGAGGCUCCUGCUGCGAAGUCGUCACUAGUACUGCCUCCUGUGAAGGAUGCAGCUCCCAAAAACAGCUUGGAUCCUUCAACAAAGAAAAGUAAGACCACUUUAUCCCAGACAGGUGAAAAAGCAUUCCAUGCUGUUUCAGAGACAGUUUCCUGCCCUCAGGUUUUUAAAGCAAAAGAGCAGAGGUGUGAAAUGGGGAUAGAUGCAAUGUAUAAUGCGGUGAAGGAACAAAUAAAAAUGCAUGAGAUAGACACUCUUUUCCCAAGACGUUCCAAGGCUUCAUUCAUCUCAAGACAUUUGGAUCAGUGCUACUGGCACUGUGCCCUUUUACCAGAUAGAAAAGUUGCAACCAUGUCUAACUCAAUUGCAAUGAGAAGAAACAGUCACCCAAACAGUAUGCAUUUUCUACAUACGAAAGGACUGCAGUUCAGCAAAGCCAGUGAGAUUCGACACCCUUUUAUCAGAAGCAGGAGUCACACUGGAAUGAAACAAAGACAUGUGUCAAAACCCCAGGAGAUCCCACUGGUUUCUGGACUAUUCCCUUCCUUAACGGAACGGAGCUGGGGGAGAGCAACUCCUUUCGCGUGCUGCAAGAUCCAAAAAACACCCAAGAGACCAAGCAUUGACAAAACCGUCUCAAACAUAUCCCACCGGAAAAUGACAUCUACUCUUAAUAAAAACCUGGCCUGGGUAAACCGACUGCGAAGGAAUCAACGCAAAACUGACUGCAAACUUACUAAAAAGGAACCCAUUUCACGCAAGCGAGAGAUCGAAGCCUCCAGCCUCAAGGCGUACAACCGUGUCCCCAAAAUCACAACUUACGCUGAGGGCGAAAGGAUGAGAGGAAAAUUAGAUUCUAUUCACACCUUUCUAGGUGAAAAGAGGACCUUGCCCAUAAAGGAAUAUGAAAUUAAAUACUCACAACCACGGACAGGACCGGAAGUCUUGAGGUAUAAUAAGAUCAGCUUGCCAAAAGUAAUCCAUGGUAAUCCUCCCAACAGCUUCAGCUGCAUAACGUUAAAUGCAUUGUUGGUCUUUAGACCAGACGAACACGGUGCGAUCAACUGCCAUCUGGAGCCCCCUUCAAACACUGGAGCAAAGGCAGUCAAAAGAACGGAAAAAGAAGACAGCACUACAGCUGAAAUGGUAUCCCAGAGCCAUGCAACUAGAAAAGUAAAGCAGAAGAGUAGGAAAAAAAAUGGGUAUGAAUAAUGCAAUGAAAAAAUUCAAUACUAUAAUAAUGUACCACCCUUUGAUUUGUCCAUGAUGCUCAGUUAUUUUGUCUGGUUCUCAAAUUUGUCUGAUUCUCACUGCUAGUCUAUUUGCAAAGGGAAUUGAACACCGGUAACUGAACAUCCUCAAUGCUCUGGUAAAACAGGGCAGCAUUGUCUCAGCAACAACAGCAUCGCUAAUAAGGCAGUGAGCUUUAAUCAAUGGGAUCUGUGAGGUCAGGUUUUAGUUGAAUAAGCAGAGAGAACAAAUAGUAAGAGUUGAAAGGCACGCUUAAUUCUCGAGGCAGCUUUGGUUCUAGCGUGUCACUGUAACGUGAACAUAAUACACAAUGCAAAGUGUCACGAAUGGGUCUCCGUUUCCA